AUGGAAGAUAAAUCGAAUAUUACCACUGACAAUAUUUCAUUAAAUACCAACGUCAACAAUGAUGAUAUUCAUGAAAAUUUAUCAUCCUCAAACAAUUAUAUUGAUUUUCUACAAUCAAAUGAUGAUGACAAUGAGAAAACAUCUGAACUGAUCGCUGAACAAGCAGAUGCUCUUAUCAAUGAGGGACAUUUGACUAAUACACACAUUCUUGGACUGAUACAAACUAGAGUUUUAUCCAUUCCAAAUGUUGAUAAUCAAAAUAUUGACAAUAUCAAUAACAACAUUAUCUCAGAAGUAAAUUCACAACUCGCUAGUACUAGUGUUCAACCAUGUGUACAAUCAAUAAUACUUGAUUCAGAACUUAAUGUGAAUCACACAACUACAGACAAUAAUCAACAACAAAUAAAAAAGAAAAAACAUAUUAUGAUUAGUUAUAAUCAUGCAUCAGCAUCAGAUAUUGCACAAAAAAUCUAUGAUCAUCUCACGGAAAGACAUUAUAAUGUAUGGUUCGACAAGAAAGAUUUACAUGGUAGUGUACUUGAUAGCAUGGGUGAAGCAGUCGAAAAUUCUUAUGUUGUUCUUCUAUGUAUGACUGAUGGUUAUUCUAAAAGUGCCUUUUGUACAAAAGAAGCUAAAUAUGCUGUUGAAAAAAAAAUUCCUGUUAUUCCUUGUAUGGUUGAAAAAACAUUUCGUCCAUCCGGUGGUCUUGGUAUCAUUAAAUCUGAUCUCAAACAUAUUAAAUUGUUUGAUGAAGAUAAAUUUGAUGAAAACUUCGAAGAAUUAAUUGAUGAAAUCAAUGCAAUUGAAAUAGGAUUAGGCAUGAAAUCUGCAGCACCUAUUAUGGAUAUAGAUUUUCGUGAUCAUUUCAAUGCUUUUAUUUCUGAGCAUAUAGAAUCUAUUAGAAAUUGUCAUCUUCAUCGAGAAAAUCUCACUGAGAAUGAAUUCGGUACAAUUCUCUAUAAACUUAUUCAAGCAUUUUCUCCGGAAACUUUAGAAUCGUUUCAAAACGAUCAAUCUAACAGUGUUGAUACAAGACAAUUAGAAACACAUGAUAAUAAUCAUCUUAUUCAACAUCUUCUAGAAAAUGAUAAAAAAUUAACAGAAUUAGUUCGAAUUCAAGAAGAAAUUUAUGCUCGUAAUCAACAAUAUCUUCUCGAAUAUGAUGAACGAAUAGCAGCAUUUAUUCGUUUUCAAGAACAAACUAAUAAAAAUUUUAUGCAACAACAAAUAAAUCAAAAUGAACAUUUGUCAUCACUUAUUCAUGUUCAAGAAGAACAACAGCGAAAUUAUGCUUAUCUACAACAAUCACAACUUUUCAAUCAAAAUCAACAAUCAAUACAACUUGAAUAUAGACAACAAGACCAAGAAAAAAAUGAUCGUAUCUCAGAACAACUUAUACAACAUAUUCAACAAUUGACAGAACUUAUUGUCAAACAACAGCAACAACAUGCCAAAGAUACUGAAUCUUUGCAUCAAUUAGUUAACCAAUCAUUAGAGAACAAUAAUCAAUAUUUUUCAUUACUUCAUGUACAACACCGGCAAGCAAAUCAAUUCGAUUUCAAUCUAUUCAUGAAAUUGGUCCAAACUAUUAUAUUACUGUGUACUUUGCUAGCAGUUCUAAAAAAAUGA